ACACCCAGAACCCAAAGCCCUAGAGACUUCAAACAAAACAAAACAAAAAUGGAGAGCAACAACCAGCAGCAGCCACCCCAACCCCAAGACAACGAGCAGCUAAAGAGUUUCUGGUCAAAGGAGAUGGAAGGUGACUUGGAUUUUAAGAAUCACGAGUUUCCCUUAUCUCGUAUCAAGAGGAUUAUGAAGUUUGAUCCUGAUGUGAAUAUGAUCGCUGCUGAGGCACCAAUCCUGUUUUCCAAAGCCUGCGAGAUGUUUAUCAUGGAUGUCACGAUGCGUUCGUGGCUCCAUGCUCAGGAGAGAAAACGACUCACGAUACAGAGAUCUGAUGUCGCUGCUGCAGUGGAUCGAACCCUCAUCUUUGAUUUCUUGGUUGAUGUUGUCAAUGAGGAAGAGGGAGAGUCCGUUCCUGCCGCUGCUGAUCCCGUGGCCGUGCCACGUCUUGACGAUGGAGAAAUGCCCCAGGGAAUGGUGAUAGGAACUCCGGUUUGUUGCGGUCUCCCAGCUUGGACUGCGGCGCCUGGUGAGGAGGAGGAUGCAGAUGGGGAAAAUGGAGGAGACGGCGGAAAUUAAUAUUUGGAUUGUGUUUUAGGGUUUGUAACCGCUGUUGUGAGAGUCUGAGUUAUGUUUGUUUUUAUUAAAUGUUGUUUUUGUUGUUGCUAAUGUUAUGUACUUUGUUGUUGUCAAUGUUUUGUCUUUCAAGUGAAUCUAAUGGUUUAUGAAUAUUUGCUCCAGAUUAAUUUAUGCAUACGAAAACACAUGAUUACGAAUUAAAAGUCUUUAAUUUAC